CGGAGCUAGAACCGCUCUGGUGGUGCUGCUGCAGCAGGUGACUGUGUGUGUAGACCCCGAGGGUUGCGCUUGGUGCUGGGUACUGGUGGUGCUGCUCUGCUGGGUUAUUUCCCGAUUAAUCUGCAUUUCCGGCGAUCCGCCUGCAAAUCGAUCGAUCAACGGUGUGCUUCAGAGAGUCAGCCUCUCCCGGAACUCUGGCCACGGGUCUCUGUCACCUGUUUGUGCACAAGGUCAAACGACUUGAAACGAAACCCGCCUAGGUGGCCAUGUUUCUGGUUGCGUCCACGGGGUCAACGGUGUGGAGUGUGUCAACAGUGAGUGAAAUGGAAGCGUGGUGAGUACCGCGGCAAACCGACCACCACACUGAUGGUUGCCUAAAGGGUGCCGACAAACCAGUGGAAGUGGCCCGCCCGCGUGUGCGUGAGAAGUGCCGUGUUUUGUGUAAAAGUUUGGAUGUGCAAAAAUAAAUAAAUAAAUAAAUAAAAUCCCCGCGCGAGCCGCGUGAAGGUGGCCGGUGCCGAUAGUAGUGCCAAGCGCGACGGUGACGGUGAUGCACAGCAGCUCCCUGGAAAGCGCCAAAGUCGCGAAGUGACCCCCAAGUAGACGGCACGAACGGUGAGCGACUAAAGUGCGAAAUCAACCGGAAAAAAGGGGCUGCUUCACUGGAGUGAUUGUUUGCCAAAUAAUCGCCCCCUCCCCCCACACCAAACCGCCCCCGACCCCUGGAGUACUGGAGGUUAAGUGAAGCAAAGGAGAAAGCGUGUGUGUGUGUGUGAGAGAGAGAGAGAGAGAAAGGAGGCUGAGGCUCAUCGGUGGCCACGGGGGUAAGCCUCUGGGAAAAGCGCGUCCGCUUCUUCCCGGUUCCCGGCCUUCUCCCCUUCACUUGAUUGUCUUCCCGCCCGGAGCUACCAAACGGCCGCCACGUUGGAAUACCAGGAGGAAAGUUGUGCGUGUUCGCACAGCGUGGAAGCACCGCCACCAUCCUGCUGCAGAGUGAUGGUUACCAAAAUAUGGAGCAGCUGCAUGCCGAAGGCGAGCAGCUCACCGAACCGCGUCGAACGGCACCACUUCUAUCUGUGUCAGUGGCAAAGCAGCACCCAGGUCGGAAUAUGCUACCUGAUGUACCGGUUGAUAGUGGCCAUCGUGUUCCUGGCGAUGCUCGUCUGCUCGGUGCUGGACAUUGGCCGCUCGGAACCCAUGUACGAGCACCACUACGCCAAAUGGUGGAUCUAUCUGACGCACUGGGCCCUGCUGGCGUGCACCGUGCAGGCCUGGCUGGCCGCCAUCAUCGUCACCAAAGGGCUCAUGAUCGACCGGAACGAGUUCGAAUGGAACAUUCAUGUCGCACGCGAAAGCCGGCUACAUUCCGUCUACUGGAUAGCGUAUACCAUCGCGACCGUCUAUUCCUUCAUCGUCACCAUCGUUUACUGGACGUUCGUGUACGAUCCAAGUAAAAACCGGGUCGAUGCUGUAAACCUGAUGGUGCACGUGCUCAACUCCAUCAUUAUGCUAAUUGAUCUGACCAUCGUCGGGCAUCCGAUCAAGCUGAACCAUGCGUACUGGACGACCGGCAUCGGGGUGGGAUAUGCGCUCUUCUCCAUCGUCUACUACCUGGCCGGUGGCACCGAUCGACACAACGAUUCCAGCAUCUACAAAAUGCUCGACUGGACCAAACCGGGCAAAUCGAUCGUGAUCUGCGCCCUCGGCAUCUUUGCCGUCUUUCUGAUGCACUUCCUCUGCUACUGUCUGUACUGUUUGCGCGUGUGGCUGUAUGCGCGCGUGUGCGUCCAGGCUAACACCAGCAAGACGAGCAGCAACGAGAAGAUCACCUCCAUCACGAGGACACUUUCAUCGAUGGAGGAGGCGCAGCGGGAAAACUUCCUCAAUCCGACGGCCGUCGUCGAUCUCAAGUGAGGGUGCGAGCGCCGGCCGGAACGCGCACACCGGCUCGUCUAACACACCCACACGAGACACGCAGACACGCAGACACGCGGAUAUGUAAACGACAAACAUUCCAGCUCAACAAGCAACUCCCUUUUUCAAACAUCCUCCUUCAACAGUACACGAUUUUGGGACAAGUUCGUAAUCAUCUGCGUUCUUAACACAGCAGAGAGAGAGAGAGAAGAGAGAGAGAGAGAGAGAAAGAGAGAGAAAGAGAAAGGACGCGCACUUUGGCGCUUCGUUCCGUUUUUGCGAAGCAACACGCACAGCCAGCAUCCGGCCAUUGGUGUUGCCCGGUGUUGCGCUUUAGUACUGUCCGUUUUCAGUAGCAUGCUCAAGAUGAAGGCGCACGAUAUACCCUCCCAUUUAUGCACUGGCCACGCACCGGCCCGUCGUGACACGUGAAACACGUGAAUCCGGGUGGACGAUUUCCUUCUAACUUUGCCCAGCAGCUGGUAGCAUCACCUAGUGAUCACCAUGUGCACUGGAAGGAGACUAUCAGUGUCGAUCCUUUAUCCUACCCGAUUAGCAACAGCAACACGCACGCAGCGCGUUGCUUGUGUUUGUUUGUAUGUGUGUGUGCGCGCGCGCGCGCGCGCAUUAUUGUAACCAGAAUUUCAAUACUCGCCAAGUAGUUUUUCUCGUUCCAUAGGGGCUUUGAGUUUACGCAUAUCAAAAUGGAGGCGGUCGAAUCGUCGAUUCCGAUUGCCGUUCUCCCUUUUUAAAUAUAUCCUAGCGAAAGUAUAUUAUGUUCCUACCUUACUUUAAGCAAGCCAUACACGCCAUCUGAUACGUACCGGUUUUGCACGUCCCCUCCCCCCCCCCCCCCCACACUCCUGCCCCCUUCCCCAGAGAUCGCCAACGCCGAACGCCGGGGCCGGGCGCUCAUUUCUAAUUCCGCAAAAACUGUAUCUGCUCCAUAUCAUAAGACACUUUUUCCUUCCAGCGUUCCAACACAACUAAGCGAAACUAAUACCACACAAUUCACCACAAACAGCGGUAAACCGAACCGAAAAUACACAACUAACAGGAAGGGAAAAAAGGGGGGGGAAAAGGAAGAGGAAGAACCAAAUACAAAACAAAAACGAACAAACAAAAACAUGGAAACUCAAAAUCAAAAAAAAGUCACCGGAUUUGAACUAGAACGAUGCGGUGGGGAGGGGGGUAGGGGGUCUGAUGCACCCGCUGCGCCUCCCCACCCAACCGUUUUCAGCCCGACUCACUCACUCACUCACUCACAAAAUGUUAGAUCUUAGCGUAUAAAGUUACUAUUUGCUCACAAAACAAACGUCGUUUUUGUCUCGAACGGUUUGCAAGUGUUGAGGGGGAGCAGCGGGGAGAGAGAGAGAGUGUGUAGUGGAGUCGAGGUGGUAGUGCGGGGGUGCAACGGGGAGAUAUCAUACAUGUUGGAUCUUCAGAAUGCGUCUUUAAAGUACAGUCGUUGAUUCUAGAAUCUAUAUUUGAAUCGUGUGAAAAUCAAAAGAAAACCUGGAUAAACAAAAAAUAACAAAACCGUAGUAGUGUGAACACACAUUAGUAGUGCACUGUUUCGGGUUUUUGGGGGCGCAGGAGUGGGGUGAGGGUGGUAACCGAUCGAACGCGAUAGCGAGCAGCAGCAGCAGCAGCAGCAGCAGGCGGUAGGUGGAAGGCCGGACGUAGGUGCGGUAGCGGAGUUUUCUUUCGCGAGAAGGAAUUGGAAUGGAAACAGAGCUGGGUUUAUGCGAUAACCGUAUGCUUCUGAUAAUAGUCUGCAAAACAAAACAAAACAAAACAAAAAACAAAAAAAAUACAGACAAAACUGGUGAUAUUCUCAAAAUAUUAUAAAGAAAAACUGAAACUGAAGCAGAAGAGAGGGCAAAAAGAAGAACGAUCGGCAUGAACAAAAAAAAAAAUGAGACGAUGGUAACGAGGAACAGGCCCUCAUCUUUGCCAUCAGCCAGCCAACUCUUCGGUGCCGUAGGAUUUUAGCGAUAAAACGUGCGGGGCGUACCGAAACGCGGGGAAUGGAAAGCAAAAAGCAAAACUUUGGGGGGCAAAUUAACAAAGAAAUAAAACAAACAAAAAAAACUAGCAAAACAUUGGUAAAUUUAAGCAUGAUGUGGUGGCGUAUUGGCAUGAAACGUAAGUUGUACAAUUUGUCGUCUUCUAAUCACGCUCUCACAUGUCGGUAUGGCGCGAAAGGAAGGAAGCUGGACGGAGACGCGGAGUAGUACCACCGCCCACCGGUGGGGGUCGCGAAGGGGGUGCAAAUCACGAUAAAAAUGUAACAGACAAGCAAAUCGAGUAGGGGAAGGGGAGAGUAAAGAGAGAAGACAGGUGAGCAAUAAGCAACAUAAGAGCAAACAGAGGAAUACGGGAAGCGAAGAGCAAAUAGCGGCAAACAGCAGCAACAACAGACACAAGACAGAGAGAGAGAGGAAAAAAACAAAGAAACAUUCCAUUUAUGAGUUAAUUGGUUUGUUCAGAGUAAAACGAAACCAAAUAUAUAAAAAUCAUGUUAA